AAAAGAUCAGGUUUCGCUUCGAUCAUGUUAAUUUCGGGCAUGCUAGUGACAGUGGUCGGCCUGCUGGCUGCAACUAUUCUUUUCCAGAAAUUUCGGAGAUGGCUGAAGAUGCCACCUGGACCAUGGGGCAUUCCAAUUUUCGGGUACAUUCCUUGGGUCGACCCCAUUUCCCCAUGGGAGACCCUGACGAAACUUGGCAAGAAAUAUGGCCCAGUGAUGUCGGUAAACUUCUGUGGGGCUCAGCAGAUUGUUUUAAAUGAUUGGGAAGCCAUUUCUGAGGCCUUUUCCAUGACAGUUUUGAACGAUCGCCCGCGGUUUAUUCUUUUCGAAACAACAUCAGCAAACCAAAAAGGACUCAAUGCCCCACAGAAGGUGUGGCAUGACAACCGCUCUUUCCUUGUUAAGAGCCUGAAAUAUUUCGGUGUUGGAAGGUCCAGCAUGGAAUCCGUAGUUGCUCACGAAGUUCUGUCACUUCUCGAAUCAUACCGAGAGACAAAUCUCGGGAAACCAAUGGAAAUUGACGGGAGAUUAGACGUCGCGGUCAUGAAUGUCGUUUGGAAAAUCUCCACCAAUAGGCAAACAAGCCUUGAUGAUGAAAAGGCGCAAAAGAUGAUUGACUUGCUGCGGAAAUUUGGGGAUUACGUCAACCAACUCGGUCCAGCUCAGUUUUUCCCAAUCCUUUUUAAGCUCGUGCCAAAAUACCGUCGAAUAAUGGACCAAGUUCGAGCUGAAGCUCCGGAAGUAUCUCGAGAAUUUCAGAGAGAAGUUGAGGAACAUAAAAGAUUAUUCAAGGAGGCCGCAUCUGAGGUACCACAGGAUCUAGUUGAUGACUACCUAAACGAGCGAAAAAAGCGAGAAAACGUGAACCCUGAAAACGCUGAAUCUUUCGCAGACGAGCAUCUCAUCGCAGUAAUAACUGCGCUCUUUGCUGCCGGAACAGACACGACAGCAACUACCUUGCGAUACGCAUUCAUAUACUUGGCCAAGCACCAAGAUGUGCAGAAAAAGUGCCAAGAACAACUCGAUUCCGUGGGAGCAUGGAUCGUCUCAAAUAUUAAUGCUUGCCAUAGAGACCCGAAAUAUUGGCCGAACCCUGAGAAAUUUGACCCAACUCGAUUCUUGGAUGAAAGUGGCGAAAGUUUGAAGAAGCACAUCCCGAGUUUCUUGCCUUUUGGGGCCGGAAAACGCCGAUGUCUGGGAGAACAUUUGGCUUACAUGGAAUUAUUCUUACAUAUUGCGUACCUGCUGUCCAUGUUCAAUGUCAACUUCCCCGAUGGGUUCGAACCGGACAUCAAAAUAAACCAUGGUGACCCAAUUACCCGACGACCUGCCCCGUUUCGUGUCAUUCUUACUGACCGCGCUGAAGCAAGAAUGGCCCUAACCGGUUUACUAUUAGCAAGUGUUCUUGUGCUUUUUCUUACCUUUUCCCUUCGAUUGCUGUGGCGAUGGCAGAGAAUGCCACCCGGACCCUGGGGAGUUCCUCUGAUUGGUUACAUUCCCUGGGUGAACCCGAUUUUCCCUUGGGAAACUUACACAACUUUGAGUCGUAAAUAUGGUCCAGUAAUGUCCGUGAACUUCUGUGGGACGCCGCAAAUAAUUCUCAGCGACUGCGAAGCUGUGUCUGAAGCAUUAUCAAUGAUGGCAUUUAUCGACCGACCUCAUUUUCUACUAUUUGAAGUGCUUUCGGUUACGGGAAAAGAAAGAAUCUCACCUGAAGGGUUUGUUGGAAACAGCAAGAUUUGGCACGAGAAUCGGACCUUCGUGUUGAAAAGCUUGAAAUCCUUUGGUGUUGGGCGAGUGAGUCUGGAAACAUUGGUUGCCAACGAGGUUGUUUCGUUGAUUGAUUCCUACAAAGCCAACAAUCUUGGGAAGCCGAUGGCUAUUGACGGACGAUUAGACGUUGCCGUGCUCAAUAUUGUUUGGAAACUUGCCACAAACAAACAGACAAGUCUGACUGAUGAAAAGGCGAUUCGAAUGAUCCAGAAGCGACGGAAAUUUGGUGAUUACGUCAACCAACUGGGUCCUGCGCAGUUUUUGCCAUCACUAAUCACUUUUGUACCGAAAUUUCGUCACCUGAUGAAAGCUGCAAAGGAUCUUUCACCAGAGCUUACAGAUGAAUUCAAGAAGGAAAUUGAGGAGCACAAAGCUUUACAUCAAGGGAAUAUCCCGCACAUGCCGCAAGAUAUAGCUGAUGAUUAUAUUGCUGAGCGGAUUAUGCGAGGGGCUAAAAAUCCUCAGGACGCCGAAGCUUUCUCAGAUGAACACCUGUCGGCGGUUAUCACUGCACUGUUCGCUGCUGGGACUGAGACGGUUGCUACAACACUGCGUUACUCGUUUAUUUUGCUGGCCCAAUAUCGUGAUGUGCAAAAU